AUGGAAACCUCUAGAACGAAUAGACCAUGGGCGAGUCAGAGAGCAGGACUUUUGCUAGUCGGUUUCGACCUGACCUGGGAUCUCCUCGGAAAGGAUGAUAUCGUGGCUGAAUGGCUAGUGGUGGCGGCCGCUGGCCUCAAGCCGAUGCCACGCCCGCGAAUCGCCCAAGACAGAGCGCUCCACUUGGAAGGCGUGGAAGGUCACAGCUACUCGCGCCGGUGGAUGUUUCUGAACGAUGAUGCAUCGAUAGAAACCAGGCAACGGGCAAGGGAGUACGAGGACGAGAAUCUACCGAGGGGAGUGGAAGGUAGCAAGGGGAGAAGUGGCCAUGAUUCGGCGAGUGAAGUCGACGCGACGAGAAAGAAGCGGAUAGCCGCUUUGGUGGACCCUGAAUAUGCAGCUGUGGCGCGGUAUCGGAACUGCGGCCAACGGAUGCGGGUCGGACUCGCGGUCGUAGAAAGAGCGCGCAUGGAAAGGUGCUUUCAGCGUACCUAUGAUGCGAAGAGAGUCCCAGCUGAGAUGAUGGAGAUGCAUCUGGACAGGUGUUUGAUGUCGCAGUCUCGGACAGAAGGCUCGGCUGUUGUGAGAUGGAGACGGUCCGGCUGUACAGAUAGUUGCACCGGGGAUCCCUUCGAGAAAGCGUCAGCGGCUUGGCUUGCUCGGGUCUUGAAGCUGGCCAGAAAAAUGAAGCUGCGAGGACAUGGGACCAAAUACGACGGCGGCAUAUGGACGCAUGCUAGCUGGCAAAGGAUGGCUGCGAGGAUGUGCAGUGACGCGGUUGCAAAGAGAAAGGAGGUGCAUCGGCGGAUUGAUUCGCCAGUCGACGGGCCGAAUAGACGUCAUCAAGCGACGAAGAGGGUCCUCGAAAAUAGACUGGCGCAGGCGUUGCAGUAGUAGUAGCCCUGGAGUAGUGAUGAGAGGGCGGUGCGACUCCGCUGUUUCGACGCAUGGGUGGAGGAUGCAGUAGUAAAAAAAUAAAAAUGCAGGCACCAGGGGUUCCCGCUCACUUGUUCGGGAAUUGGGAGCGUACCUGCAGGAGGAAGCGGAUAGGAGCCAGCGCUCUGCCCUCAGCGCUGCAGAGGCGCGAAUAUUGCCUUGUGCGCUGCUGACAAGCGCCCACGAGGAGGCUCGCGCGGUACCGUGUACAGGAUGCACACCACGCCGUCGCCGUCGCUCAAACAAGGCCGUGGCAGCAUGUUGGCGUCCCGUUGGCUCUGCGACCAUCACCGAACUGUAGUCUAUCAAAUCUG